AUGAGAUCUGAUAUUGACUUCAAGGAACGAAACCUGAAAAUGGAAAUAGCAGACCUGCAUAUUCUUUUCGAAGACAAGUUAAGUGAUUCCGUUUUCAAGCUGAACAGUCAUCUAAUAUCUACCAGCAGAGAUAUGAAGCACAUUGAAAACUUACUGAAUACCAAGCUAAGCUACUACUAUGAUCAUUUAUACUCUGAGGUAGCUAGGCUAUCUAAUUUGGAAGGGUACCUUUCUCAGUAUGAGUCCAAAACAGAAGACUGUGGGGAAAAUGAAACUUGCAAAAUUGGACAACAGCAAAUCAGUUUAUCGAGCCAGAACUCUAGCAAAGAUAACAACCAGCUUCUCUCACCAAUAAGCUUCUUGAACAGUCCGACGACUCCAAAAAAACCUAACUUAUCAGAUCCAAACUUGAAAGUCCAAUUAGCACCUUCAUUGGAAACCAUCAUAUCUCCUCCAAAACUAAAAGCAAAUGUCUCUAAUCUUUAG